AUGUGCAUACAUUGUCAUUCAACGUUCAACGAUGACGCCAAAGAAGAAGAAGGCUUCCGAGCGGGCCUUGAACGCGGCUUCCACAGGGAGAUAUUCCUUAUCCUCGGGUACCCUACACUUCCUUUCAUCGUAUCCCACGUCCGACCUCGUAUUCAGCUGUCCGCGUGCUGCGCGGCCGGUGGCCUUACCGCAAUGUCCAAGUUUAACGACGACUCUCAACGUCAGCCUGCUGAGGAAAUGGCAGGUGAUACGGCGUCUACUGCUCCAUUUACCCGUCCCAGGGAGUUCCUGGACCUGCCGCUUCCUGUUACACAGGCUAGUACAGCGGAUUCAGGCCGCCAAAAGAAGAGAAAAACAGCGCGCAUAGAUAUUCUCCGUGUAUAUUGGGUACGUUUCAUGAAGCGCGUGGGCACUGAGUCCCCAUCCACAUCCUCUGCCAUUGUGGACAGUGGUCUUGAUAGCAGUCAAAGUCGGCCAAGGACAGAGGAUGGUAGCGACGCUGACGAAGUAGACGAAAUUGUCGUGGACCGGGAUUGGACAGAGGAUAUGAAGAGCUCGCUCGACCACUCAGAACACGCUCCAGAAAAAUCAGGAGACAGUCACAUCGAGGGGGCUCAAGUCGGUGCGGGGACUGGUACAAGCGUCGGUCAUGAAAGUUUCACGUUCCCAGAUAAUGGUGGCCCUUUCCGCCAAUUUCUCAUUCUUCUUCGCUGGGAAGUUUGGCCAGCAGUGCAUAAAUUCUUCCACAUACGAUUUUAUGAUAAAAAGACGGAAGAACGAUAUCAGAAGGAGCGUUGGUUUAUUAGAAAGCCUUUAGCAAUUUGGUCAGCCAUAUUUUUCAUUGCCAACUGGGUCAUCGGAGCAUCAACAAUUGCCGCACCUAUCACCAUCCUCGAUAAGUCAUGGUUAUGGGGUGUCGUGCCUGCGCAUACUAUUCCUCUCCUUUUCUUGGUCGUAUUCGAUUUCCCACGCGACCGUCCUAUACCUUACCAGUUACUUUUGAUGAUCUCCACAUGGUCUUGGUAUGUGUGUGGAUAUUAUAAUACAGACAAUACAUGCGGGACAAAAGAUUAUCUCGCAACAUUCUACUACACAUCUGCAUUACAAACUAUUGCACUGUUUGGGAUGAGGAUGGAUAGAACGGCCGCUAUGGUGGGGUCACUAUCAUUCUUUAUCAUCUCAAGUAUUUUUUUCCUGCCAAACAAGCCAAUAUGGAUCAGGAACCUACUAAAUUUUCUCUUGUACCACACGUUCCUCUUGUUUGUUCAUUACAUGCACGAGAAUGUCCGGGUGCCCCUGAACACAGCCCGAACCGUGUCUGACACCCUCCUUAGCAAUCGCAUGGAUAGCGGUCGGUUCGAGAUCUUAUCUAAACCUUAUGCAUUUCAUGCUGUCAUGCGCUCGUUGUUCAUUCCACUGCGUAUGGCAACAGACGCCCGCAACCUUGAACUCGUCACGUAUCUCGACGAGACCAUCGACAAGGUUGCGCGACGAGCAGCUUACGAGGUGGCAGGCGAAAAUCUGGCAAAAUUAGAGAAGGAUUUGGACAACAAGGAGGACGGUAUCGUUCUUGGAGAUGCUACCAGGCUGCGACAAAUCAUCAAUAACCUCGCAAGGAGGAAGAGUGAAUUGCCAGAAUCUUCCGACAACCCAAGACCAAAGAUUGAUACAGGUGAGGACGCGAUCGAGGAGGUACUCUGCGCUCCUGUUGACGAUCCUGACCCUCUACCUACUCCGAUAACGAGCGGGGGACAAGGCAUGGAAUUAUCGACAAAGAAGGGCCCACUGAAGCGGAUCGUUGUGCGGAUUGAAGUUAGUGAUACCGGACAUGGAAUCCCGCCUAGGGAGAUGGCACAGGGCAAGCUGUUUUCUGCAUUCAAUCAAACAGAGCAAGGUAGACAACAAGGCGGCAAGGGCACCGGUCUUGGCCUGGCCCUCGUCCGACAGAUUGUGAGGCUGAGCGGCGGUAGGCUGGGUGUCCGUUCUAAAGUCGGUCAUGGGUCGACGUUCUGGGUCGAGUUACACCCGGAGUCAACUCUGCGCGAGAAACAGAGAACCUUUGAGCUAGCCGGGCCACUAUCAGUGGAUCUACUGACAAGCUGUGCCCCAACGCAGGCAGUCUCGACGAACAUUAUGCAGACCAUGAUGGACCAAGGGGGCCUGGUGCAGUUGAAUCUGCCGAAUGCCGCUGAUGACUCUGAAUCCCAUCUAUUCAGCCGGACUAUCAGUGAACUCUCGUCGGGCGCCCAGCUUGGUCUUCCGCUACCCACUCCACCCGUCGAUGGUUCUGGCCAGAAGAACCUGAGUAGUCCGGAGAUGUACUCUCGAGUAGGAAACUAUUCGAUUGACAGCUCACCUACAGUCGUCGCAGACUCGCCGAAGACCCUUGAUGAUGCUACUCCCCUGCCAGCUGCUUUAUCUAUGACGACUCGCCCAGAUCCACCAGUCCGAAAGUCGUCGGUAGCUUCCCAUUUUUCAGGGUCCCUACCGUUGCCCGUGAGCCGCAAGGGGUCUGGCGCUGGUUUUGACCCGCCCAUAAUUGUUUUGGUCGUUGACGACGACCGCCUCACUCGCACCGUCAUGUCUCGAAUGCUGACAAGAUUAGGAUGCCAUGUCUCAACCGCUGAGAAUGGUAAGAUCGCGUUGGAGAUGAUCAUCGGCAAAACUUCGAGGACCAGAGAUGAGCGUAAUCCCAGGGUCUUCGACCCUAGCCCUGACAGUGAAAGAGACCGGACGGAUGAAGAUGGUACAGAGAACGGCUGUGUAUAUGAUGCCGUUUUUCUUGACAAUCAGAUGCCGGUUAUGUCUGGUUUGGAGGUGAUCUCCAAACUUCGAGAAAUGGGUAGGGGUGAUUUCGUCGUUGGAGUUACCGGUAAUGCACUCAUCCAUGACCAGAAAGAAUAUUCCGAGGCGGGAGUGAACCAGUAUGUGACUCUAUAG